AUGUUUCAUCAAAUUCACAUCAGAGCAGAAGAUCGUGAUGUGCAACGGUUUCUUUGGAGGGAUUGUAACCAGGAGAGAGCGCCAGAUGUGUACAUAAUGGACGUCAUGAUAUUUGGUGCCACAUGCGCUCCCAGCAUAUCGCAGUAUGUGAAGAAUUAUAAUGCUGACAAAUUUCUGGAAGAGUUUCCCCUUGCUGCAAAGGCAAUCAAACAAAAUCAUUAUGUGGAUGAUUUGCUAUGUUCUAUUGAUACGGCUGAGGAGGCAAUAAAAUUGGUUAAAGAUGUGUGCUUUGUACAUCGCCAAGCUGGUUUCAAUAUAAGAAACUGGGUGUCCAAUAGCAGGGAGGUUAGGAAUGCAUUUGCAUCUACUCUUUCGGAGAAAGUUAAAUGCAUAAAUUUUAAAGCCGAAAACAGUGUUGAGAAAGUACUGGGCGUUUUUUGGGAGCAUGAUGAGGAUGUUAUAACAUUUAAAAUAGCAUCAUGGCUUCUGGAGGGUGAAUUAUUGUCAACCAAAAAAGCUCCAACUAAGCGAGAAAUGCUUAGACUAGUAAUGUCCAUUUACGACCCCCUGGGACUAAUUGGACACAUAGUUAUGUUCGUGAAGGUUCUCAUGCAAGAAGUUUGGAGGUCCAAAUCGGGGUGGGAUGAACCAAUCCAUCACGAAUUGGCGGCAAAAUGGAGUCACUGGUUACGAAUUUUGCCAGACAUCGAAAACCUCAAAAUAGAAAGAUGCUAUCUAAAAACUUUUCAUAAUUAUGAAGGCGUUAAUGUCCAGCUGCAUACCUUUGUGGAUGCCAGCAAGGACGGUUAUGCUGCUGUAUGUUAUUUAAGACUGAAGAAAAAUGCCGAUGUGGUUUGUUCGUUAGUGACUGCCAAAACCAGAGUUGCCCCAAUUAAAAUAACGUCAGUGCCUAGGCUUGAACUUAUGGCAGCUUUAAUAGGAGCGCGUCUAGCGAAGUUUGUGCUGGAUAAUCACGAAAUUGGAAUUUCUAAAAAAUAUUUUUGGAGCGAUUCGAAGACAGUUUUGAGUUGGAUCAACUCUGACCAUCGCAAAUAUAACCAGUUUGUUGCAUUUCGGGUUACGGAAAUCCUGGAACUCUCAUCAAUCAGCGAUUGGAAUUGGGUUCCAAGUAGAGAGAAUGUGGCCGAUGAUGCCACAAAAUGGUCGAAAAUUCCAAAUUUUUCCGAUUCUAGUAGGUGGUUCCAUGGACCAGCUUUUUUGUUCCAACCUGAAGAAAUGUGGCCCCAAAAGACGGGUUUUAGUGGUAAUACAGAGGAGGAACGAAUACAUACCUCGUACCCAAUAAAUAAAUACGAGCCCAUUUUAAAUGAGCUGCGAUUUUCGAAAUGGAAUCGGCUGGUGAGAGCUAUUGCUUAUGUGGUCAAAUUUAUUACUAUUUGUCGAAAGAAUGAGCCCAGAUGCCAAGGAUUAACACUGGAUUAUUUAAAGAGAGCGGAGCAUAUAAUAUAUAAACAGGUGCAAUCUGUGACUUACUCAGCUGAAAUUGCUGCCCUGAAUACAAAGUCUCCUGUGCCAAAAUCCAGCGAAAUUUUUUCAAAAACACCCUAUUUGGAGGAAGGGCUUUUACGAGUUGAUGGCAGAAUAGAUUUGGCAAAUGUUACAUUUGACCAAAAGCGUCCAAUAAUAUUGCCCAGAAAACAUUAUGUUACCAAAUUAAUAAUUCUUCAUUAUCACGAAAAAUUUCAUCAUAUGCAUCAUGAAACAGUUGUGAAUGAGCUGAGGCAAAAGUAUGCCAUCUCGAAACUUCGCACCACUGUAAAGACUAUUUUUCGUUCCUGUCAAUUCUGUAAAAUCACCAAGGUGGUGCCUAACCCCCCUCAGAUGGCAAAGUUACCUCGAGCUCGUGUAGCUGCUUAUGCAUCUCCAUUCUCUUAUACUGGAGUAGACUUCUUUGGGCCCAUAUUGGUCAGUGUGAAUCGCCACAAAGAGAAACGAUAUGGCUGUUUGUUUACGUGCCUCACUAUAAGGGCCGUUCAUAUUGAGAUUGCACAUUCUCUUACGACAAGCUCUUGUAUUUUGGCUAUUCGCAAUUUUAUGGCGCGUAGAGGUACACCGCAUGAGUUCUAUAGCGACAAUGGAACUAAUUUUAUUGGAGCAGAGAGGGAACUAAGAGAGGCGCUAGCAGAGGUUAACAAAAACGAAUUACUCGAAACUUUUACAACUGCCAACACCAAAUGGAAUUUUAAUCCUCCUGCUUCACCCCACAUGGGAGGCGCCUGGGAGCGUUUAGUUCGCUCAAUCAAAAUGGUUUUGUAUAAGAUCAUGCCCUCAAGGCACCCUACUGAUGAGCUACUUUUGAGCAUGUUAAUCGAGGUGGAAAAUGUGAUAAAUUCGAGGCCGCUCGCAUAUGUUCCAAUUGAAGAACAUAUGGCAGAAGCUUUAACCCCGAAUCAUUUUCUUGUGGGAAGCUCCAAUGGGCUAAAACCCUUAACUACAGUUUACGACAGUGGAACCUUAUUGAGACAGAGCUGGCUUAUUUCUCAACAAUAUGGCAACAUAUUUUGGAAGAAGUGGCUGGCCGAAUAUUUACCAUCGCUUACUUGUAGGACAAAAUGGCACGAGAAAUCAAAGGCAUUAUGUCAGGGGGAUUUAGUUAUCAUUGUAGACCCUUCUUUACCUAGAAAUGUCUGGCUGCGAGGCAAAGUACUUGAAACGAGGUUGGCACCAGAUGGUCAGGUCCGCAGCGCAAAAAUAUUGACAUGUCGAGGCGUAAUGGAGAGACCUGCAACGAAGCUGGCAAUUUUGGAUGUUGCUGCUCAAACUAAGUCUGACGUAGAAGAAGCUUCUUGUCAUACUCCGGGGGGAAUGUUGACGCCAAUCUCAAAAAUGCCUUAA